AUGUUUCGCUCCGCAGCUCGAGUUGUCGCCCGCGCGCCCGCUGUCCCAGCCCGUGGCGCGGCCAGCAGACGAUUGAUAAACACUUCUCCCAUUGACACCAAACCGAGGACUUGGAAGGGCAGCAUCUUUCGUCUGGGUUUGGCCGCUGGUGCAAUCUACUACUACAACACCAGUCCCGUCUUUGCGCAAGAUCCGAAAUUCUCUUUCCGCUCUCAACCUCAGCCUAAUGUUGUCGCCGAAGAACCUUUCCCGACUCUCGACUCCGUGAAGCCCAAGAUCCGUGAGCAGAAGGCUCCCACCCCCAGUGCUACGCCUGCCGCACCCCAGCCACCUUCCGAACCCACCCAGAUCGAUCCCGCGGAGCUUGAGGAACAGGCCGGUCACGAAGCUGCGUUCAAUGAGGAGACUGGCGAGAUCAAUUGGGACUGCCCGUGCCUCGGUGGAAUGGCCCACGGGCCUUGCGGAGAGGACUUCAGGGCUGCUUUCAGCUGCUUUGUCUUCUCUACUGAGGAGCCCAAGGGAAUUGACUGCAUUGAUAAGUUCCAGGCCAUGCAAAACUGCUUCAGACAAUACCCUGAAGUCUACGGUGCGGAGCUGGAAGACGAUGAGGUCCCCGCUGAGGGACACACCGCCCCUGCCGCUUCUGGCGACGAGCAGCCCGUGAGCGCUGCUCAGAUCGACGCUUCCUCUACCCCCGAUGAGAAGCACGCCCACGCCAAGGAGGUCAGCGCCGAGACGAAGUCGCAGCUCGCGGAGAAGGGCGAGCUUCCCGAGAGCGACGAGCUGCUUCCCAAGGCCUGGCACAACACGGAGGCCAAGAACGAGGCCCCCGAGCACCAGAAGUAAGCGAUUCGACCUAUGAGUCUGUCAUUAUGCGAGAUCACGAAUCGGGAUUGCAGCAAAGACAUCGGCUGGGUGUGAAGUGAACGACCAAAGAGAGAAGAGUCACCGAUAAGCGGGAUCGGGCUGUGUAUCAUUAUAUGAAUGUGUUUCUAUAUCUUAUACCCCUACCCUCUCUUCCUUGUUCUCGUUCGCUUCCUGCGUGCAUCGGCCUUGUCAUCAGCUGGCCGCUCCAGCCAUCCCGUCGUCCAAUUCUGCCCAUUAUUGGGAAUU